GAGCGUUGGUGGUUUUCGCCUUCUAGCUUUCAAAGUAUUUGACUACUUCCUUCCCCAAUUCCUACUUGUUCCAUUAGUCCUAAAACAAGUUUCUUGUUCUGUUUGUGCUUUCGUAUGAACACUGAACAAGUCAAGAGAUAAGAAAGAGACAGGAUUGGUUGCUGAGAAGAUUGGAUGUUUUUCCUUUGUUUCAAACAUGUUUUACCCUAAGCCCAUCGCAUUUCUGCUAUCAGCUCUCCUUUCUUCCGUUUGGUUAAGCACACACGGGCUUGAUGCCGCUACGUUACCCCAAGAUGAGGUGAAUGCUCUGAAUCAAGUCACCAAAACAAUGGGAAGUAACGGCUGGAGUUUCGAUGCCGGCAGUUGCAAUAUCUCCGAGCAAGUGAACAUGGUGGACAUGCGUGCCGAGAAAAGCAUUACCUGCACUUGCCAAAACGGAACCUGUCACGUCACUCACAUAGUAUUCAAGCUUCAGAGUUUACCUGGACUACUUCCAUCUGAAAUUGUAAAUCUUCCAUAUCUCAAAACGGUUGAUUUUGCAUAUAACUAUCUCAGUGGGACAAUCCCUCCUGAAUGGGCUUCAAUGCAAUUUGAAUUCAUUUCCUUAUUUGGAAAUCGACUAUCUGGGAGUAUUCCAACUUAUUUGGGGAACAUUACCAGUCUUAGAUACUUAGACCUCGAAGCGAAUCAAUUUUCAGGACAAGUCCCUCCAGAGAUCGGAAAGUUAGUUAACCUGGGAACUUUAAGAUUGUCUUCGAACAAACUAGCCGGAAAUUUGCCAGUUCAACUUGCGGAACUGGAAAACUUAACAGACUUUCGGAUAAAUGACAACAACUUUAAUGGGAGCAUACCGGUUUUCAUUCAGAACUGGAAGAAACUCACAAGACUAGAAAUGCAGGCGACUGGACUUGCAGGUCCCAUUCCUUCAUCCAUCUCAGCUCUGGAAAACUUAAGAACACUGAUAAUCAGUGAUAUAAACGGAACAACUCAGCGUUUUCCCGAUCUUUGGAACAUGACAUCAAUCAAUCGGAUAGUAUUGAAGAAUUGCAACAUUGUUGGGCAAAUUCCACAACAAAUCUGGCAAAUGAGUCAAUUACGUAUUUUAGACCUCAGUUUUAACUGGUUGAAUGGGGAAGUUGUUAGAGCCUUUCUCCCUAAAGAUUUAAGAUUCCUCUAUCUUACGGGCAACAAUCUCAGUGGAAAUAUACCAGACUCGAUCUUGCAGACAGGAGUCGCCUUGGAUCUUUCCUACAAUAACUUCACAUGGCCAAGCCCUAAUCAACCUGCUUGUUUACGAAGAUUGGACAACGUGAAUUUGUUCCGCAGUUCUUCAACAGAGUACCUCAUCAGUGAAAGGGGAGUUAUUCCAUGCAGGAGUGAUUUCAAAUGUCAGAAAUACUGGCAUUCUAUGUAUAUCAAUUGCGGUGGAAAUAUUGAUGUUAGAGUGAAUGGGACAAUGUAUGUGGGAGAUGCGAAAUCUGGUUUAGGUGGUGCCUCAACAUUAUAUGAGAGUGGCGAUAACUGGGGUUUUAGUAGCACUGGAGACUUCAGGGAUGACAAUGAUGAACUUAAUGCUGCGUCGCGUUAUGUUAAGCAGACAGCAAACAUGUCUAACCAGUUGUUUGCUACAGCACGACUAUCUCCACUUUCAGUUACUUAUUAUCGAUAUUGUUUAGAGAAUGGGAGCUAUUCAGUGAAAUUACACUUUGCAGAGAUCGAAAUCACCAAUAACACGAGAUAUGGAACACUUGGGAGGCGGAUUUUCAACAUUUAUAUUCAGGAUCAGCUGGUGGAAGAAAACUUCAAUAUAGAAGCAGAAGCUGGUGGGAUUCUUACUCCGGUAACGAAACACUAUAAUGCCAAUGUAACAAAUGGUGAACUAGAGAUUCGCUUUUACUGGGCCGGAAAAGGUACUCAAGCAAUUCCUUAUCGAGGAGUCCAUGGCCCCCUCAUAUCAGCCAUCUCAGUUGAUCCCAAUUUCAAGCCCAAGCAUGAGGAGAAGAAAACGAAGACUCUGCCGAUUGUCAUUGGUGUCAUAGGAUCAUUUCUCGUAUUAUUGGCAUCUGGGAUUCUCUUCUGGAGAUGCUAUUUUAAAGCCAAGAGCCAUAGAGAACAAGACCUCAAGGGACUGGAUCCGCAAACAGUUUCUUUCUCCUUAAAGCAGAUAAGGGCAGCGACUAGCAACUUUGAUUCUGGAAACAAGAUUGGUGAAGGUGGAUUUGGACCCGUAUACAAGGGUCAGCUAGGUGAUGGAACAAUAAUCGCAGUCAAGCAACUUUCAAAGUCGAGUCAGGGAAAUCGUGAAUUCUUGAAUGAGAUGGGCAUGAUUUCAUGUUUGCAGCACCCCAAUCUUGUGAAACUUUACGGAUGCUGUAUAGAAGGGAAUCAACUAUUGCUAGUGUAUGAGUACUUGGAAAAUAACAGCCUUUCUCGGGCUUUGUUCGGUCCGGAAAACUCCCGAAUACAUCUGGACUGGCCUACUAGGCAAAAGAUUUGUGUCGGAAUAGCUAGAGGCUUAGCGUUUCUCCAUGAAGAGUCUAGACUGAAAAUUGUCCACAGAGACAUCAAAGGUACCAAUGUUCUGCUCGACAGAGACCUAAAUCCUAAAAUAUCUGACUUCGGAUUAGCCAAGCUUAGUGAUGACGACAAAACUCACAUCAGCACACGAAUUGCCGGAACAAUAGGAUAUAUUGCACCAGAGUAUGCACUGUGGGGUUAUUUGACCUACAAGGCAGAUGUUUACAGCUUCGGAAUUGUGGCAUUGGAGCUUGUUAGUGGCAAGCACAAUAUGAAUUAUGGACCAACGGGCGAACACACUUGCCUUCUAGAUUGGGCCUGUCAUUUACAACAAAGUGGAAAGCUAUUGGAGUUGGUGGAUGAUAAGCUGAUAUCCGACUAUAACAAGUCAGAAGCAGAAAGGAUGAUUAAAGUGGCUCUCUUAUGCACCAAUGUUACGCCCUCCCUGAGGCCGUCAAUGUCUGAUGUGGUGGGAAUGCUGGAAGGAACCAUUACCAUUCCCGAUAUCGUCCCUAACGCGAGUAGUUACAAUGAAGAUUUGAGGUUUAAAGCCAUAAGAGACCACCGUAGCUCUACUCAUAGUCAGAGUUUUGCCGGAAGUCAGGUUCACACUUCGACAUCUACAGGAUCUCAGUUUGAAUCUUCAUCCGCUUCAGCUCAUGGAAUCCAUGAAACCAACGAGGGGUCCAAGGUUCUAAAUUUUGAUGAGAAAAUAAGUAUAGGCGAAAGAAGAUUGCUGCAUUUCACUAAGAAAAGGAUGGGAAGAGUUGUUAACUGUCCUUCAACCGUGAAAAUUCUCUUUGGGUCCAUAAUUCUUACAGUCUUGGUGUUCAUUUUCAUGGAAUCUUACCAAGUUGAAGCCCAAGUUGAGCCACCUUAUCCUCCUCGUUAUGAAAUAAAAGCUCUUCGCGAGAUAGCGGCAGAUCUUGGAAAGAAGGAUUGGAAUUUUAGUGAGAACCCUUGCAACAGUAAGUCAAGCUGGUUUACUCCGCCGCCGCUGCCAAAUAUGCCUCAAACCAUUAAAAACAGUACCGUCACCUGCAAUUGCUCCUUCUCCAAUGGUGAAUGUCAUAUCGAUGGCAUCUAUCUUGGCGGGCAGGAUCUCGAUGGUGUUCUUCCACGCUCACUUGUCAAUCUAUCAUAUAUUAAAACAUUAGUACUCCAUUACAACUAUCUUCACGGUGCAAUCCCACAUGAAUGGGGUGUUCUGAAGUUGGAGAUUAUGACAGUUUCUAUGAACCGUUUAUCAGGGUCUAUCCCAGGCUCUUUGGGAAACAUAACAACUCUAAAAUAUCUGAGCGUCGAGAACAACAUGUUUUCUGGAACUAUUCCUCCUGAGUUUGGGAAAUUGGUUAACCUGGAAAACCUUACUCUUAAUGCUAACUAUCUCACCGGAAAGUUUCCCUUGUCACUUGCUAAUCUGUCCAAUCUAAAAGAACUUAGGAUUAGCAGUAACAAUUUCAUUGGAAAGAUACCCAACAUUUUUCAUAGUUGGAAGCAACUUGAGAAGUUAGAGAUUCAAGCUAGUGGUUUCGAAGGGCCAAUUCCUUCAAGCUUAGCUCUCUUGAGUAAUUUAACGGAACUAAGGAUCAGUGACUUACCUGGAGAGGGUUCAAAGUUUCCGAACUUAAAAAACAUGAAAAACAUGUACAGAUUGAUGUUACGUAGCUGCAACAUAGCUGGACCAAUCCCAGAUUACAUAUGGGAAUUUUCACAACUGCAAAUUUUAGAUCUCAGCUUUAACAAAUUGGAAGGUAACGUUUCAGAUUCUGAAAGCCUUACAAAAUGGCAAUACAUGUUCCUGACACACAACUCGCUUACUGGGAGUAUUCCGGAUUGGAUAAGUUCUCGAGAUAGCCGCUAUCAGAUGGAUCUUUCUUAUAAUAAUUUUUCUGAAAGCCCAGAGUCGCCUUCUUGUCGGGAAAAUCUAAAUUUGUUCAAAAGCUUCUCGGGAGGCAAAAACUUAGGACUAGAUAAAUGCCUGAAGAACUUUCCUUGUUCAAAAGAUUGGUAUUCGGUAAAUAUAAAUUGCGGUGGAGGAGCAACAACUAUUAAUGGGGUCGACUAUGAGGCGGAUGAAGACUCGGGAGGUGCAGCAAAAUUUUUUCCACUCAAAGAGACUUGGGAAACAAGUAGCACUGGGCUUUUCUGGGAUAUCACUGUUACUUCAAGGGACUUUAUAGCAAAGAAUGUUUCUAUUCUCCGAACUAACAACUCGAAUUUAUAUGAAAGAGCACGCCUCUCUCCUCUUUCUCUCACGUAUUACUUUCGUUGCUUAGCAAAUGGAAGUUAUACGGUUACGCUUCACUUUGCCGAGAUAGUUAUCAGAGACAAUAGAUCCUAUCAAAGUCUUGGUAGGAGGAUAUUUGAUGUUUAUAUCCAGGAGAAGCUGGAAUUGAAGGAUUUCAAUGUUAAAAAUGAGGCACAGGGUGUCGAUAAAGCGGUUGUAAGGCAAUUUAAAACGGUUGUCCUGAACAAAACUUUGACAAUACGCUUUCACUGGGCUGGGAAGGGGACUGCUGCAACCCCAAGAAGAGGAACAUAUGGUCCUUUGAUAUCAGCUAUCUCAGUAGACUCCGAUUUCAAGCCUCCGGUUCGCUGUGGCUGGAAUAAGAAUAUGAAGUUCAUAGUGGGAGCUGUUGUUUGUUUUCUGUGCCUGAUUUUCAUAAUCUUAGGCAUUUUAUGGUGGAAAGGCUAUUUUCGACGAAAGCCAUUAAGAGAACAAGUAUUGAGGGGGUUAGAUCUACAGACUGGCUUUUUUACCUUUGGACAAAUGAAAGCUGCUACAAACAAUUUUGAUUCUACAUAUAAAAUUGGAGAAGGUGGUUUUGGAGCUGUCUACAAGGGUGUAUUGCUUGAUGGUACCCUAAUUGCAAUUAAAAAACUUUCUUCGAAAUCAAGGCAAGGAGAUAGGGAAUUUCUGAAUGAACUAGCCAUGAUUUCAGGGUUGCAACACCCUAAUGUUGUUAGGUUGUAUGGAUGUUGUGUUGAGGGAACUCAGCUGUUGUUGGUAUAUGAAUACAUGGAAAAUAAUAGCCUCGCACACGCUUUAUUCGCUCCCAAAGAAAGCCAGCUAUUGGACUGGCCUACUCGGCAGAAAAUCUGUCUUGGAAUAGCGAAAGGUCUUGCUUUCCUGCACGAGGAAUCAAGUUUAAAAAUUGUACAUAGAGACAUCAAAACUACCAACGUGCUACUAGAUAGUGAUUUCAAUGCGAAAAUCUCCGACUUCGGUUUGGCCAAGUUCGAUGAGGAGGAAAACACCCACAUUAGCACCAGAGUUGCUGGGACUAUAGGAUACAUGGCACCAGAAUAUGCAUUAUGGGGCUAUCUCACCUACAAGGCAGAUGUUUACAGUUUCGGGAUUGUUGCAUUAGAAAUUGUUGCUGGAAAGAACAAUGCAAAAUAUCGACCCGAAGAGGAUUAUGUAUGCCUUCAAGAUCGGGCACUUGUUUUACAACAGAGGGGAAACUUAAUGGAGUUGGUGGAUCCAAGGUUGGGGACCGAAUUCAACGAAGAGGAGGCAAUUAGGAUGACAAAAGUAGCUUUAUUGUGCACUAAUUCAUCCCCUGCACUUAGACCAACCAUGUCUGAAGUUGUAAACAUGUUUGAAGGUCGAACCCUUGUUCCUGAAUUAAUCAUGGACCCGAGUAUCUUUGCCGAUGAUUCGAGGUUCGGAUCACUGAAAGACGAAUUCAACCGAAUGAAAUCCUGGAAGAGUAGCGAAACCACCAUGGUUACUGCCUCAUCAGAUUCAAGUUCAACAACAUGGUAUGGCUCUUCCUCAACGCUUGUUUAACAUCCAUCAAACUCAAAGCAAACUUGAUUGCUCUUAUAGUAGUGUAAAGAUUGGCUUCAAUAAAAAUGUUUAAAAAAAUCUGAACUUCCUUUACACUCUUUCUUGAUUGUCAGACUAAGGGUAAUAUAUUUGGACAUGCAUGU